AUGGGAGCCACUUCUCCAAGGAGCCGGGAGCCUCUCCUGCCGCCAGCGUUCCCUACCUUCUGCCCCGGAGGAGCCCUCCUGGCGAUUCUGGUGCUGCUCGAGCUGCCGGCGGCCUGGGGUCAAUGCCAAUCCCCGGUGCACCUUACAUUCGCCAUGCCUACAGAACAGAUUGACAAAGAUGAGUUUCCUGUUGGGACAUCUUUGAAGUAUAAAUGCCGCCUUGGUUACUACAGAAGAGUGUUCUCUAUCACCUGCCUGCAAAACUCUGUCUGGUCAAGCCCUGCAAACUACUGUAGGCGUAAAUCAUGUGGAUCUCUUCCAGACCUCAUAAAUGGCAAAAUGGACAUCAACAAAGACACCCAGUUUGGAUCAACUGUCAAUUAUUUUUGUAAUGAAGGAUACCGACUCAUUGGUAAAUCCUCUGCUGCAUGCAUCAUCUCUGGCAACUCUGUCACCUGGGAUAAUGACCCACCUAUUUGUGAGAGCAUUCCUUGUGGGCCACCCCCAGCCAUCGCCAAUGGAGAUUUCAUUAGCACUGACAGAGAAUAUUUUCAAUACGGAACAGUGGUGACCUAUCACUGCAAUCUUGGAGAGAGAAGGCAGAAGCUGUUUGACCUCGUGGGUGAGCAGUCAAUAUAUUGCACCAGUGAAGACAAUCAAGUUGGCAUCUGGAGUGGCCCUCCCCCUCAGUGCAUUGCACCUAAUAAAUGCACGCCUCCAGUCAUUGAAAAUGGAAUAAGGAUGUCUGAGAACAAAAGCUUAUUUUCUUUACGUGAAAGCGUGAGGUUUAGGUGUCAGCCCGGCUUUGCCAUGAAAGGACCCUCCACUGUUGAAUGCCAGGCCCAAAACAAGUGGGGGCCGGAGUUGCCCAGCUGCUCCAGGGUAUGUCAGCCACCUCCAAAAGUCCCGCAUGGUAAACACACCCCAAGCCACAGGAACAACUUUUCUUCUGGGCAGGAAGUGUUCUACAGCUGUGAGCCUGGCUAUGAUCUCAGAGGGGCUGCUUCUCUGCAUUGUACGCCCCAGGGAGACUGGAGCCCGUCAGCCCCCAAAUGUGCAGUGAAAUCAUGUGCUGACUUCCUGGACCAGUUACCUAAUGGACAUGUACUCUUUCCACUUAAUUUUCAGCUUGGAGCAAAAGUAUCCUUCGUUUGUGAUGAGGGAUUCCAGUUAAAAGGCAAUUCUGCUAGUUACUGUGUCUUGGUUGGAAUGGAAAGCCUUUGGAACAGCAGCAUUCCUGUGUGUGAACAAAUCUUGUGUCCAAAUCCUCCUGAUAUCCUUAAUGGGAGACACACAGGCAAACCUCUGGAAGUCUUUCCUUUUGGAAAAGAAGUCACUUACACAUGUGACCCGCACCCAGAUAGAGGGAUGAUCUUCAGCCUCACUGGGGAGAGCACCAUCCGCUGUACCAGUGACAGUCAAGGGAACGGAAUUUGGAGCAGCCCUGCCCCUCGCUGUGGACCUCCAGGUCACUGUAACAGCCCAGAUCAUUUUCAAUUUGCCAAGUUGAAAAUCCAGACCAAUGAAUCUGAGUUUCCCAUUGGGACAUCUUUAAAGUAUGAAUGCCGCCCUGGGUACCACAGGAAGUCAUUCUCUAUCACGUGUCUACAAAACCUCACGUGGUCAAGUGCCAAAGAUGUCUGUAAACGUAAAUCAUGUAAUACUCCUCCAGAUCCUGUGAACGGUGUGGUGCACAUAGAUACAGACACCCAGUUCGGAUCCAGAAUCAUUUUUUCUUGUAAUAGAGGGUAUCAACUCAUUGGUCACUCAGCUGCUGAAUGUAUUAUCUCAGGCAAUACUGUCUUCUGGGAUUCAGAGCCACCAAUUUGUGAACGCAUUCCUUGUGGGCCACCCCCGGCCAUCGCCAAUGGAGAUUUCAUUAGCACCGACAGAGAAUACUUUCAAUACGGAACAGUGGUGACCUAUCGCUGCAAUCUUGGAGAGAGAAGGCAGAAGCUGUUUGACCUCGUGGGUGAGCAGUCAAUAUAUUGCACCAGUGAAGACAAUCAAGUUGGCAUCUGGAGUGGCCCUCCCCCUCAGUGCAUUGCACCUAAUAAAUGCACGCCUCCAGUCAUUGAAAAUGGAAUAAGGAUGUCUGAGAACAAAAGCUUAUUUUCUUUACGUGAAAGCGUGAGGUUUAGGUGUCAGCCCGGCUUUGCCAUGAAAGGACCCUCCACUGUUGAAUGCCAGGCCCAAAACAAGUGGGGGCCGGAGUUGCCCAGCUGCUCCAGGGUAUGUCAGCCACCUCCAAAAGUCCCGCAUGGUAAACACACCCCAAGCCACAGGAACAACUUUUCUUCUGGGCAGGAAGUGUUCUACAGCUGUGAGCCUGGCUAUGAUCUCAGAGGGGCUGCUUCUCUGCAUUGUACGCCCCAGGGAGACUGGAGCCCGUCAGCCCCCAAAUGUGCAGUGAAAUCAUGUGCUGACUUCCUGGACCAGUUACCUAAUGGACAUGUACUCUUUCCACUUAAUUUUCAGCUUGGAGCAAAAGUAUCCUUCGUUUGUGAUGAGGGAUUCCAGUUAAAAGGCAAUUCUGCUAGUUACUGUGUCUUGGUUGGAAUGGAAAGCCUUUGGAACAGCAGCAUUCCUGUGUGUGAACGCAUUCCUUGUGGGCCACCCCCGGCCAUCGCCAAUGGAGAUUUCAUUAGCACCGACAGAGAAUACUUUCAAUUCGGAACAGUGGUGACCUAUCGCUGCAAUCUUGGAGAGAGAAGGCAGAAGCUGUUUGACCUCGUGGGUGAGCAGUCAAUAUAUUGCACCAGUGAAGACAAUCAAGUUGGCAUCUGGAGUGGCCCUCCCCCUCAGUGCAUUGCACCUAAUAAAUGCACGCCUCCAGUCAUUGAAAAUGGAAUAAGGAUGUCUGAGAACAAAAGCUUAUUUUCUUUACGUGAAAGCGUGAGGUUUAGGUGUCAGCCCGGCUUUGCCAUGAAAGGACCCUCCACUGUUGAAUGCCAGGCCCAAAACAAGUGGGGGCCGGAGUUGCCCAGCUGCUCCAGGGUAUGUCAGCCACCUCCAGAAGUCCUGCAUGGUAAACACACUCCAAGCCACAAGAACAACUUUUCUUCUGGGCAGGAAGUGUUCUACAGCUGUGAGCCUGGCUAUGAUCUCAGUGGGGCUGCUUCUCUGCACUGUACGCCCCAGGGAGACUGGAGCCCGGAAGCUCCCAGAUGUGCAGUGAAAUCAUGUGCUGACUUCCUGGACCAACUUCCUAAUGGACAUGUGCUCUUUCCACUUAAUUUCCACCUUGGGGCAAAAGUGUCCUUCAUUUGUGAUGAGGGGUUCCAGUUAAAGGGAAGCUCAGCCAGUUACUGUAUCUUGGUUGGAACGAAAAGCCUUUGGAAUAACAGUGUUCCUGUGUGUGAACAAAUCUUUUGUCCAAAUCUGCUGGCUAUCCUUAAUGGGAACCACACAGGAACUUCUCUGGGAGGCAUUUCCUGUGGAAAAGAAAUAUCUUGCACAUGUGACCCCCACCCAGAUAGAGGGAUGGCUUUCAAUCUCUUUAGGGAGAGCACCAUCCACUGCACAAGUGACAGUCAAGGGAAUGAGAUUUGGAGCUUCCCUGACCCUCACUGUGAACUUUCUGGUCCUGUUGAAGUAAAAUGUAGCCUCCCACAGAUUAUGAAUGGAAUCAAGAAGGAACUGAAAAUAAGAAAAGUAUAUCACUCUGGAGAUAAUGUAACUUUGGAGUGUGAAGAUGGGUAUACUCUGGAAGGCAGUCCCUGGAGUCAGUGCCAGGAAGAUGACCUGUGGGACCCUCCUCUGGCCAUAUGUACCUCUCGCACGAGUGAUGAGCUCAUAGCUGGCAUGUUCUUUGGUAUGAUCCUCUUGAUUUUACCUGUCAUUGUUUCCUGUUUGAUAAUUCUAAAGCGCAAAAAAGGCAACAACACAGAUGAAAACUUGAAAGAAGCAGUUAUCCAUCUGCAUCCCAAAGAAGGCAGUGGUGUCCAUCCUCAUACUCUGCAAACAAAUCAGGAAAAUAUCAGGUUGGUAACAGUCUGUUUACGUAGAGGCGGUGAGAUAGCCAUUUCCCGCAAGCCGCCGCGGCUCUCCUUCAGGUCUGCAGACAGAGGACUCAGAGACAGUCCGAGUCCAAGAAGGAGGCGCAAAGCUCCCAGCCCACCGGGAGGGUUAGCCCCGCGCAAGGGCCUCGCCCCGCCUCUCCAGGCUUAA